GCGGUUGAAACGUUUGCCCGAAAUAAAGAAAAGGAAAUCUAGCCGUGGAAGGGGAUAAGGAAAACCGACUUCUCACUUUUCUCUCUCCUGCUCCGCUUAGAGAUGGCGGUGGCCUCAGUGUCAUCAUCCAUGGCCAUGGGGAUUCUUGGGACGAGCUCCUCAAGAAAAAACGGUCAUCCUCUACCCUCACUAUCACUGAAGAAUUCUGUAAAUUCUCGCUCCUACUAUGAUGGUUCUCUCCAUUGCUCUUUCUUCGGCACUUCUCUCAUCGUUCCCGAUUCAAUGCACUCUCGAAAGAAGAAGAUGAACCAGAACCAGCAAUCACAGCAAUCGGCAGGGAAAAGAGGAGCAGGCCUGGUGGUAAUUAUUGGAAUGAGCAUGGAAGCCGGCAUUGGGGUAAUGGGGACGAAGCUGGGAAUGAUGACCUACUUCGAAGCCGAUGGCAAGGUGGUUCCCGUGACGGUCGUCGGCUUCAGGGAAGGGAAUAUCGUGACGCAGGUGAAGACAGAGGCUACCGACGGAUACGACGCUGUCCAGGUCGGUUAUCGCCGCGUCAGGGACCGCAAGCUUACGAAGCCGGAGCUGGGCCACUUAAACAAAGCUGGGGCCAUCCCCAUGCGACACCUCCAGGAGUUCCGCCUCCCUGGCUCCGUCAUCGAGGGUUUUCUGCCCAACCAGCGCCUCCUCUUCCAGGAGCUCUUCAAAGAGGGCGACCUGGUGGACGUGUCGGGCACCACCAUUGGGAAGGGCUUCCAGGGAGGCAUUAAAAGACAUAACUUCCGGAGGGGCCCGAUGAGUCAUGGGUCGAAGAGUCACCGGGCUCUUGGGUCCAUUGGUGCUGGAACCACUCCAGGUCGCGUUUAUCCAGGCAAGAAGAUGCCUGGCCGGAUGGGAGGAACCAAACGCAAGAUCCGGAAGCUCAAAAUUGUCAAGAUUGAUGAAGAACUCCGCGUGCUCAUGAUCAAGGGUGCGCUUCCUGGUAAGCCAGGAAAUCUUCUUCGGAUAGCACCAGCCAAGAUUGUUGGGAAGAACAUCCCGAAGAACUAGUUCUGGAAACCCAGAAAGACUGGCGGAGCAUGACCGCCAUUGAGUUGAUUGUACUACCCUACUAGGAGGGUAAGUUUGGACUAGAAUCAGAGGAUUUUGAUGUGAGGUCCUAGGGAUGUUUUGUAAUUUUGGGAGAUUACAUAUAAACACAAUAUUUUGAGAUAUACUUGACUCUGGUAUUAUGUAUUUUGUGGUUAUGAGUGUGUGAUUUACAUUUACUGCUGCUUAGGUUUCGUUGUAUAUGACAGGUGUCUCCACUACCCACGGGUUCGGGUUGACUAUUUUAUUUAUUUUUCUUUUCUUGUAUGAAUAUAUAAGCAGGUUGUUACACUACACAUUGCAAAUUUGAGCAUAAAAUUAUU